AUGGAGGAAGUAGAAAGGAUGUUUCAUUCUCUAAACGGGUACGUUGAUAUUCUAAGUAUUAAAAAGCUUUACUUUAAUAAAGUCACCGCUACUCUGAAGUCUUCCAUGUUCCUUUGGAACCCCGGGAGAUACUCCCUCUAGAAGCCUAUACGGAGAGGCUCCGUCCGAAAUGGGUACCUUUUUCAAGCUUAAGGGUAGGGAUUUCAAUAGCUGAAGUAUGUGAAAGAGUAAAGAAAUCUGCCAUUUUGGUCUGUAAAAAGGCCAAAAAUGGCUCAGAGACGCAUUUUAAGGAUGUAAAAGACGCAAGAAAACGUCCUGGUUUAGUGACUUAUUCAUAUUAAAAACAAGGUCAAUUUACAGCAAUUAAAGGGGAUGCUACGUUCUUAACUAGGUAUGUGAAACGGGGGUACCAUUGGUCAGUAGAAGGUGUACAAGAGGGUACUCUUUCUGUGAAAAAAUGGUAUAUAAAAGGGUAAGGGGUUGGAACUCUAGGCGGAGCUUCCACGUAUUGGUAAAUACCCUCUCCCUGUUCUGGAACGCAUCCACAAUGACCGUGUUCUUGUCUGUCAGAAAGACACGCAAGGAGCCUAACAUAGAUAGACACCAUGAAACUAAUUUAUCAUGUGAGGAUCAGUUUACUGUUUAUUUGUUCGUUUGUUUUUUUGUCUUAAGAACGCAGUUUUAAGAGUUUAAUCAGGGUUUGUGCGACUAUAGGUUCUAGUGCAUCAUGAAUUCGCUGAUUCACUAGAAUAUUCUGCGUUUGAAAAUGUAUUUUAGUUACAUGUAUUUGGAUGAAAAUACUGGUUUGAAUGGCGAUGACAAAAAUGUGUUUCCAUCAUAAUUUGGUCUUGGAUGAAACAGCGAUAGGAAACAAAAAACAGCAGUAGCUAGUCUGAGUAAUUUCCAUUUUUCUCUCACACUUCUCACUUUUGGCAGUUAGUAUGAAUUCUGGACUUUUGAGGAUUGGCUGAUGUCUCUUUAUACGCUUUGCACUCUUUGGCCGCUCCAUGAGUGUAACUGCGGACGUCGUUUUCGUCGCGCGUUUUCUAUCAAGUCGUAGGUUUUUAACGAAAUAGUCGCAUUUCAAUAAUUGUUUUCCGUGCUGACGCUACAAGCGAGCUUGAGCAACCACCACGACGACAACGACGAAGACGGAAACGAGAAGAUAAAAAAGCAACAGGUUCAAUAAGGAAAAAAAUUCACUUAAAACUCACUUUAAUUUUGGCAGAUCAAAAAUUUGCCUUCGUCGCACGAUUAACGUUGUCAAACUUGAUCGGCGAGAAUGGCAAAGCGAUCCGCGUCGUUUCAGUCUCAAAACAAAAGCGAUCGUCCCUACUUAGAUUUCGUCAAAAAUACCCAGUCUCAUUCCUAAUAUAAAACUUUUUAAUCGUGUUUGAUUUUGUGACAAGGGUAAUCCUUCCAGGAGGCCAUGUAAAGCUGAACCAGUCAGGAUACACAACAGUCGGCAAAAAAUUACUGGACCUUGCGACCAAGGUUAGUUUUCAUACUGUUCCACAACAGAAUAGGAUCGCAUGGGCGUAGGCAGGAUAUUUCAAUAGGGGGUUUUACUACAGCUUCCUGUCAGGGUAAUAGCCAACCUUCCUCUCCCUUCAGUCUUUCAAGACUUAAAAGUCUUGAAACUUUGGAUAAUUUAAAGAUAUUUUCUAAAAUGAAUAGUUGUUUUUUUGUGUUAGCCAAAAAAAUAACAUUGAUUUACCUUGUGCGUAGUGUUAACCACGAUACGGCAGUUUAUUUCAUCAUAAACCUUAAGUAUCGUUAUUUUUCUGUAAACAGGGAGGGAUCACAUUGAUCCUCAAGGAACUCCCCCUUUGAACUGCAUCCUGUGUAGCACUGUCUUAAAUUUGCAAGGCCAAUGAGAGUGCAGUAAAGUUAUUAUAUAAUUGAGUAGAUCUUGUUUGUGACCACGCACUUUCGUCACUUUACUGACAGCCACAACACUGCUCAGUUGAUGAGAAGACUAAGAAUGCUGCCAGGUUUCAAUAAAAAGACUUUUUAAUAUGAUUGUACUUUGCAGAAUAAACAGUGCAAUCCAACUUUACUCUUUUCCUGCUCCCGUUAACAACAUUACGGAUUGUUUUCACUUAUAUGGUUAUGACGUCAGGUUCGCCUGCCCACCCAUCCGCCCUACAGACUGUGGGAGAGGGGAAGGGGAAACUGUUAGCGAGGGGGGAAACCCAUUUUUUUUGGAGAUCGACGUAUCCACAGCGACGCGCUUGACACCAUUACCAUUUUAACGUCUCCUCAAUCUAUAAGCAUUGAUUAAUAAUCUUAAUCUUGCCUUUUUUAAAGCUUCUCAUCGGAAUUGUAGCUCAUAUAGCUAUCUUGCACCUAUGUGUACCUAUUUUGGCAAGUUUUUAUGAGAAAAAUCUCUAUUUGAAAUCUGUGGCUGGUAUAACGAUAAGAAAAAUGAAAGAAAUGUUAUCUAUACCAGACAAGGAGGAACAAUGCAAUCUCCUGCUUUGUAUCUGAUGCAUUUCGUGUCAGUCAAAGAACAAUUGAUGUGGACACUAAAAAACCAGGUCAAGCCACCUUUAAACCAACCGAUCCCUUUAUCAAAAGGUAAAUGGAGGGUGCCAUAUUUCUAUGUAAUGGCUUAAAAUUUAUUGUUUUUAUAAUAAUUAUAUAAACGGAAGCUUCGCUUUAAGACUUGGCUUGAUCUAUAUGUUACAUACAUCAACUGUUUACAAAUAGCCAUUAAGAUACCUGAAGGAGGAUCAUCAGGUUAUCCCUAUAUUAAGUUCUCUCCUUACGGGUAACCCACCCAGCCCAGAAAAAGUUGGCCACACCACCGGAGUUUACGUCCCCUACUCUUUUCGAACAAUGGUGUGGGUUCUUUUACGUCACGUCCCACAAGAACCAGAUAAGUGAAAGUACUGUGAGACGGUUUUUUGUCCUUAUUGUUUUUCAUCAUCAUCGUCACUCAUUUGCCAUCAUCAUCUCAACUACCUUUUUCAUCAUCGUGUUUCAAGCUUAAAGCGAUGAUUACAGUCGGCGGUUCCAGAUUUAUUUUGUUGCAAACUUGUUUUUAUACCUUACUAAUCCUGAGAAAAAUGAAAAAAUGGAAAUUGAACUUUUAAAUACUCUGUGUCAGUAUGAUCGAAACGUAGGAUAAAAGGUUCUUCGUCGACCACUAAGAAAUGCUCUAGGGAUGAGGUUGCGUCGAACACUGGAAAGCCACAAGCUUCAGAUACAGUGUUCAUUAUCGGUUGGAGCAUUUUAUAACUUUUGUUACAAGACCUCAAAGACAGUAGAGACAAGCGUAGCUUAUCAGCGAUUUAUGCCCAAUUGUUCAUUUACAAUUAAAGGCUUAUGACCAGACUGGGGAAGUUUUUCCGAUCUGGGCGGAGUGUUUAGGACUGGAAUUAUUGGCCUUAUUGAUCGGUGAAAGGGACGUGAGUAAAGGACAGUAUGACGAGUCUUUGUUCAGUCUUACAGAUGCACGAAAUAUCAGUUUAAGGCUUGAGCUGCCUUCAGGUAACUAGAGUUGCAUACUUUGUUACAUAAUAAUACAGUACUUAUACUAAAGAAGUUGAUCAAAUAGUAUAAAACCAGCAUAGAAACCACUAUACACUCCCCGCAUUGCUUAAGUUACUUGUCAGCCUAGUGCCCACUAAGCAUUUAUGGAUAGCUGCAGUUUUCCUCGCAAGAUCUGUGAUUUUUCCGCCUCUCACCCUGCUUUCAGUUCAUUUGUGGUGGACUUGCGGGUGACAGAGAAGUUUACCUGUUCGUCGUCGCGGGGAGCGGACUAUUUCUAUCUUCGCUGUUGCUAUUGUUUUAGUAAUGAGAACGAGGCUACAAGGAACAAAUAAUGAAACGUAUAACUGCAAAAGCAAACCACUUUUUAAUCCCUUACCCAGAUCUCUAGUCGACGAAAGCUUCGGCUUCGGGGACGAGAGAUCUGGGUAAGAGAUAAACCGCAACUUGUUUGUUGUGGCUUAAAUCAAACAAUGUGUUGCAUACAAGUUUCAGUGUAACCUGUGCAAUGCAGAGUAAGUAGAUUACACACGAGUCCACAACCUGAUGAAGAAGAGUCGUGGAUGAGAGGACAACAGACUUGCCCUCUUACAAUACAUUUCAACAUGUGAACAGUAAGCUCGGACGUCAGCAUACAAAGGCGCCACUGGCAGCCGCUCUCAGUCCAUUUAUGAGCUUACUGUACCCACCCAACCCAUGAUGUGAAUGAUGUGAUGAGUGACGGUUGACCACACCGCAGGGGUCUACGUCCCCUACGUAGAACGUGUAUGAACGAUACACGACACACGAUACACAAUAUGAACGUGUUAAUAAUCGCUACCGUCGUCAUUCACAUACACAUUUUUAAACGAACACCAUAACACAAAAAAAUUUUAUAAGUGCUUUUGUGACUUCACAAAUUUUUUGCUUAUUAUUAUGAAAUGUGAGGAUGGCGUCAGGUGACGCGGAAACAUCGGCUUUUUUUCGCUUUUUAAACUUCACUUAAAACUGUGCAAUACAAGACAAAACAAUACAAUUUUAAACAACAUUCAAACUGUCACUCAUUCUCAACAUAUCUUUCAUCUCUUAGAUUAUAAGUCGACUAAGCUGUUAGGAUCUGCUCCAGAUUAUAUAAUCAACUUCAUAACCCAACAGGAUAUCAACUAUAACAACCAUUUCAGAGGAAUCACGCCGGAGGUAAACAAACUGAGUUAGUCUACUCUAAUGUAGUAAGCAUUCAGUCUGGCCCGAAAAGCAUCAAGCCUUAGUACAGGUAGGCAAAACUGGUUUAUCAAGGUUGUGGUAGUAGUGGUAGUUCACAGUGUUUUUGAACCGUAAAAGGGGGUUGAUAUUGACAACAAUCUGUGCUUUCUCUAUCCCCUAAGCUAUACUAUUGCAGACUCGUCCCCAUGGUCUUUUCAUUUUCCAAUAUGAAGGUGCCAAAUUGAUAUGAGCAUCCCCGCCUUUUGGGCAUCCCCAUUCCAAAAACCCUAGUGAUAUGGGCAUCCCCGGUAACCCUAACCCCAACCCUAACCAAAAUCGCUUAGGAAAUAUGAGAAGGGGAUGCCCAUGACACAUGGGUUUGGGAAUGGGGAUGCCUAUCACUGUACCAGCGGCGGGAAUCGUGAAGCCCUAUUGGGGACGAGGUUGAUGUUAUUGAUCGCGGGUCUUUGGUUGGGUGAUUUAGCGCAGCAGACGUCAGAGAAAUUAGCAACUAUGUACUUGACUAUCGCGUUCUUCUUCUUCUUCUUUUUCUCACGUAGACAUUCAAUAAGGAUGAAAAGUUGAAAAACUUUUUUCAAAUAGUAUCAAUAAACAAGGAUAGAGAAGGAAAACCAUUCAUAUCAACGAUGGAAGGUAAGUUUACUAAGGCUUUGGUGUAGUAAUAAAAGAAGCAUCUUAAAUAUUGAAGUUUUGUUCGAUCGAUUUGUUUACUUCAUAGGGACUGUGACAGUUUUAUGUUUUUCGUAAUGAGUCCUCAUAUAUGUUGCCUUUACAAAGAAUACAUAAAAAUAAGAAUAGGAUUUCAUAAUUAGAAAUGGUUUGCUUUUUACUUGUAAUUUGCGCAGUUUUAAGUUCUAGAUCGGUGAAACACUUCGUUGAAAUACUCCUGAAAUACAUAAAAUAAUUAUUUAUAAAAGUGCUAACAUUCAGAACAUUAACAACGCGUCGGGCUUUAUCAUGUUCUUCUGUGGAGUGCUGUUGUGGGUUUUAUUGCAGCAAUGACACUGCCUUUCGAACUUAAAUAUCGGGGGAAAAAACACGCGCACGGGGAAGUCGCAAAAAUUCUGCUUCGUCAUUUCAAGAUCCUUUUAGACGAUCCUUCACUAUUAUACGUAGCUGUAUAGUUGAAACGACAAGAAUCAACGAGAAUCCCUUGUCUUUACGUAAGAUAUGACCACCCAAUUCGUAUUGAUUUGCUCCCAGCGAAUGAUUGCUAACGACCUGCCAUUUUCAAGAAACUCUGAGUGUACUGGGUCCGAAGGAUUUUACACCACCAGGGAUCGUUUUAAGGUGGCUCUAUGGGGUUUUUCAGAGUCAAUACCUCCCAAGUUUGAGCAUAAACUAGGUCUCUAUUAAAAAAGAUUUGGAAAAUUACCACCACAGCUGUAUUAGAUAAAGGUGAAAAAUUGUUAUGAUCAGGAUUGCAAUGACAUCGGAGUUGUCAUAGCAACGUAAUGACCCCAUUACUUAUUAUUUGGACAUCGUCCAAAUCGAGGAACCGAUUUCGCCUGUUUUGAUUCAAAGUGGCAGUGGGCACGCAAUACGUGCGAACGUAAACAAGACAAGUAAACAAGCCAAGCUACGCGGAUGUCCGUCCCGCGAUGUGCACGACACAGCGUUUAUGCUCGUUAUAAUACGUCCAACAGCUAAAGCACGGCAGAAAAAUGCGGCAAGGUACACCGAGUGAAACAAACUAUUAAAUAACUUAAAUUUUCCCUUUGGUAAAUAAUUGUCCUCGCAGCACACGGGGUGAAUGUUUUUAACCAGGACCAUAGGUACUGGUCACUGCCCUUGUUUAUUGCACAGACUAUUCAUUGCCAGUAAUGGCCUAUUGCUAAGAGUUUGACAACAUUUUUGCCCUCAGUUUUCGAGAGCCAAAGAUGUCACGAAAAAUUCGGUGAUCAUGCAUUAGAUAAAUAACGGUAACUGAUUGAAUGACGCAUAAUUUCAUUGCAGAUUUUCGGAAAGGAGGUGAUUUCUUAAAAUCUUAUUGAGAAAAAUGAUCCCGUAAACAAGUUGCAUUCUUUCACGAUCGAACCCUAAAAGGGGCAGAGUCCAACAUCUUCACGUGCAAACCACGUUCAUGACAGUUAUUUUUAGACCAUUGGGUUAAUUAGAUUAAGUCUUACUCUCAUAGACGAGCCACGAAAGAGGGAAAUUUCAAAGCUUUCGGCGUGACAAUACAGCGCACAGUGAGGGCCUGAUCACAUGAGCUGGGCUGCCUAGCUCAUGUCGAGGUGACUUUUAUCCUCGUAGUACACGAAAAGGGCCAGCCCAGAGCCGCCAUUUUUAUACAGAGGUUGGAAGCAAUGGGCAUGAAAACUGUGUUACCCUCGGUCCUGUUUCACGCUUGGUUCAUUCCUCAGGCCGCCCGGCAAGCGUGAUUACUUGGGAAAUUUCUGCCCAGGAUCCCGGCAUCGCAAUACUGGGAUCCCUGCUAACCGAGCUGGCUCGGUUGUCAUAUAAUCGCAAAGUUGAUUUUUGUUGCGUUUAACUAAGAUGCCGAGAUCUCCGCAAAGCGAGCCACCCGGUUCAAGUGAUCAGGCCCUUAGUUCUAUAUCCAGAUUGUACGUCCUCCCUCUUGACCUUACCGAUUUUUCCAAGCCCUCCGAACACAUACACACACAAAUUUUAGCCCUCAACAUCUUCAUACCCCCUUUCUCUAUAUUAAAUGAACUUUCCCUUAUCCAUGUUCUCUCCAUACAAAUAUUAUCAAAACUGACCGAAAAACAAUCCUAAACAGAAAGCCUGGAAAUGUUUAAAAUAAGUACAAGUAUGUUUUCGACUAUCGAUAUGAUCUUUCACAACCACCACUUAAUUUCAACAGACUGUAACUACACUAUCCCUUAAUAACCAAAUAAGGACUCCCACAACUACCUCACUGCAACACCUAAUAUUUUGUCACUUCAUAUUAAAUUCUACGGAAACAAGUUUCACUGAUUAAGAAACUACAGCCAUUAUCUUUAAAGUAGUAAAGUAGAUGGCAUGUCUAACUCUCCAACUUUUUCUUAUAUUACCUUCACAGCACGAAAAUACCCUUUCUACUUGUUCCAGUGGCAUCCAGCAAAACCCCAGUUUGAAUGGUCACGUGUGAAAGACAUAAAGCACACCCAAGAGGCCAUUCUUGCCGGGCAAUACUGGGCUAACUUCUUCGUCAACCAAGGUAACAGUUUGUGUAAUUUUACUGCAUGUAUAAUUCAUAAAAAGCGUUUGUUAGGGCCUGAAUUAUUGUUCAUUUGACUGAUUUGGCUGAAAAGAACUAAACACUUCACUAUUGACCACCUUACUAACAUUUCUAUUUAAAGAUUUUGCAAAGGUUACCUAGAAAUCCAAAUAACCCUUAGCACUUUGAAGCCAUCACUUUUCUCCUCGGUUUAUAUUUGUUUCCUUUCAUCGCCAUAUUCAAUUUGUUUUCUGUGUCAACUGUGUCGAUAUUUUAACCUUAAAGAUUAAAAUACCAGCGAGGAAACAAAACAAAAGAAAGCAAAAAACAGACACACACAAAACCAACAGACGAUCAACAACACCACCAACAAUUGCUAAAUGUGAGCCCCGAGUCGUGCACUUUGACUUGAGAAACAAGGUCCUGCAGUCCAUACUUAAGCUUUGUAUUUUUUUUUUCAAUUCAGCUCGCUUAAGCUCCCAUCAAUUUCCAAGCAUCAAAGAAGAGAAGGCAGCACUGAUGUACAAUUACAAUCCUGUUUACACUGGAAAUCUUAUUACAAUGUUACAGUGCUACUUCUGGAAAUAG